AUGCAUUCAAGCGGCUGUGAAAUCCUGUUUGCAAAGGCAACGACUAAUGCCCCAGCAAUCAUAUUCUUGGAUGAAAUUGACAGUCUUUCUGCUAUUCGUCAGGGUUUAGCUUCAGAUAGGGUUACAAGUCAGCUCUUUUUUGAAUUGGAAGAUUUGCAUGCAAGAGAUGAUGUCAUUGUUAUUGCUGCUACAAGAAGGCCGGACAAACACUCUCAACACAAGCAGGUUUUCAAGCCUUGGAAAGUUGAGACAUUUGAAGAAGAUGGGAUUUUGGUUUUGGAGUUUGGAGAGACACUUCCCAUUGGACCAGGAGUUCUGGGUAUUGGGUUUGAAGGAAUUUUGAAUGACAAGAUGAAGGGAUAUAUAGAAGGUGUGUUCUUUGAAUUCUGGGUUUGUUAAAUUGUUACACAGUCAAUAAUAUUUUACAUUUCAAUGGUAUAAAUAUGUUUA